AGGUUUACGUUGUUGAGAAGCGGUGACGUUGAGUUUGAAAGCUCGCGUGAUGAUUAAAAAUCGUGAUUUUUUUUCCUUUCAUUAAUUGGAGUAACUAAGCAGUAGUUGCUCAGUCGGUAUUUUUUCUGGUACAUCCGUGUGUUUAUGAGUGUACUAUUAUCUUUUGUAGUUGUAUUUACAGGGUUUAAUGAUGAGGAGUAGGCACAAUAUGCUGUUUGAGAACUUGACGUGUAUCGGGCGUUAAUGUUGUCUCCUUUUUUUCCCUAAAGAAUGACAUUAAUGAUCCACGCAUUGCCUUUUGUUUUCCGACACAGUUCGCGAAGUGUCGGAUAUUACGAAACAUUUACUGCGUUUGAUAAGAUCGUUUCGGUUUCUUUCACCUGGUGUGUCUAUUGAUAACAGACAUGGAAAGCCGGCGAGGCGGAAGAGGCAACCCUUGGAACCGGGGUGGCGGAAGAGGUUCUAAUGCUAGGGGUCGCAAGACGGAAAAUAAAAAUCAAAACACCAGGAGUGUACCAUUGCAAAUGCCGACAGCUGAAGAAAGAUUUAAAGAAGCUCAAUUGAAGCAACAGGCGUCUCUUCAGAAACACAUAAGUACAGGCUAUGAAUCGUCUUCAGAAGAAGAUGAUUUGGAAAAUGACAAUAUUCUUGAGUCUGUGUUGAAGUCGUACUCUCAGUUAGGGGGUAGAAGUGAUGAGCUUGGGCGUACACAGCGGUUUCUGGAGGAGGUUUUCCAGUCUGGUGCUGCAACGUGUCUGAUCUGUAUAGCAUCUGUGAAAAGAAAUGAUGCUAUAUGGAGCUGCAUAAAAUGUUAUUGUUUCUUCCACUUAAUUUGCAUCCAGCGGUGGGCAAAAGACAGUAUCAUGCAUCAGAAACAAGCAGAAGAAGACACUCGCCACUUGAAAUACGAAUUCACCUGUCCAAAAUGCCGACAUGAGUAUGAAGAAAAAGCAAUACCGCAAAAGUAUUACUGUUUUUGUGGGCGCACUCUGGAUCCUCCGUUUCAUCCAUGGCUCCUUCCACAUUCUUGUGGGGAAACUUGUGGACGACCCCUUGAGCCUCUUUGUGGGCAUGACUGCUUGUUGCUUUGUCAUCCUGGACCGUGUCCACCUUGUCCCAAAAUGGUACGCAGCACCUGUUAUUGCGGGAAACAACCACCCCGGCCACAGCGUUGCUGCAAAAAGGAAUGGUCAUGCGGCAGUGUGUGUGGACGCAAGUUAAGCUGCGGGCGGCAUGAGUGCCCAGAGCAGUGUCACCCUGGGGACUGCUCUCCCUGUCCUCGCACGAGCAAGCAGCACUGCGUGUGUGGGGCAGCCUCACAGAUACGGCAGUGUGCUGAUCCAGUGUGGCACUGUGACAAGGUAUGUGGUAAAAAUCUUUCAUGUGGGUACCACUCUUGUGAACAAGUGUGUCAUGCUGGACCAUGUGGUGACUGUCCCCUGUCCGGGCCUCGCACCUGCCCCUGUGGUAAGGCUUCAUUUGUUCUCCCGUGCACAGAAGAAACACCCGUUUGUGGCGACACAUGUGGCCGUCCACUCGAGUGCGGGGUCCACCGCUGCCCUCGCCGGUGCCAUAGGGACAAAUGUGGUUCAUGCCUUGAAGUGAUUACUAAAUCCUGCCGGUGUGGACUGCAUACUAAAGAACAGCCAUGUAAAAAGGAAUUUCUGUGUGACACAAAAUGCAAGAGAGUGAAGGACUGCUUUCGCCAUCCUUGUAACCGCAAGUGCUGUGACGGUAACUGUCCGCCCUGCGAAAAGCCUUGUGGACGUACACUGACGUGUGGAAACCAUAAAUGUGCAUCCAUUUGUCAUAGGGGGCAGUGCUACCCCUGUCCCUUAACUGCUGAAGUAAAAUGUCGUUGUGGAAGCACUACAGUAACAGUCCCUUGUGGUAGGAAGAAACACACAAAACCACCACGGUGCUUCAAACUAUGCAGGUUGGAAUCUCUGUGUCAUCACCCAGUACAGUCACCACACAAGUGCCACUUCGGUGACUGUCCUCCGUGCAAGCAGAAAUGCGAACGUCAGCACAAGGCCUGUGGUCACCUCUGCCCUGCUCCCUGCCACUCGGCCGUCCUAGUUAAGAUUGAAACUGACAAGAAGCCUGCGGGGCCGUGGGAAAAAGUAGAGCCACGUUUUGAACUAAGGGACCUAUCUUGUCCAGACUGUGUGAUGAUCUGGACUUCUACAAAACUGUGUGUAUUUCGCAUUCUGUGGCAGUAUGGCCUGUUGUAUCCAAAUGAAACCAUCAUUUCCAAGAUCAAGGUGCCGAUGCCUGUAACUUGUCUUGGUGGUCAUGAAACAAGUGACUGGCCAUGUUAUCUAGCCAAGCCAUCUUCAUGUCAACGUCCAUGUGGCCGUCGCUUGGCUUGUGGCAAUCAUACAUGUACGCUACCAUGUCAUGAAGUUGUAGGCGCAAAAUCUGAGACAGAGGCUGGGGAGACAUGUGAAGUGUGUGAAGCUGGAUGCUCAAAACCCCGUCCUGAAGGCUGCUCACACAUCUGUCCAAAGCCAUGCCAUCCUGGCUCCUGUGCACCUUGCCCACAAAUGAUACGCCUCCGAUGCCACUGUGCUCUCAACCAACUUUUUGUACACUGCAGUGAAUGGAUCAAUGCCAGUGAGGAUUCCAGAAGUAUACUUCAAUCCUGCAAAAAUCGUUGUCCAAAAAAUUUUGCCUGUGGACACCGUUGCCAAGCUGAUUGCCACCCAGGUGAUUGUCCAGAUUCUUCACUGUGCCGCAAGAAAGUGAAAAUUUCAUGUCCAUGCCGGCGUAUAAAGCGAGACUUUGCAUGUGACCUUGUUCGAAAUGGACAGGCAAAAGUGGAAUGUGAUGAAGUAUGUUUGAAAAAGAAAGAGGAAGAAGCAAAGGCUCGUGAAUUGGAGGAACUGCAAAAGCAAAAGGAAGAGGAUCGUAAAAAUCAGGAAGAACUUGAAAGGUUCCAAAAGAAAUUUCAAGGGCGGAAAAAACAUCGUGAUCGUCGCCAGCAAGAGGGUGGUGACCAGUCACAGUCUCUCCUGUCUCGCUAUUGGUUUAUUGCACUCUGUGGAAUAGUAGGUGUUAUUGUAAGCUUCUAUUUGGUUACACAGGUAUAACAACUCUCAUGAGAGUUGUCAGGUCUAUGCAGCAUUUCACAUUAAUGGAUUAUGUUCCUGAAUUGUGAUAAUACAGUUGUAGGAAACAAUUGGUGUGUGCAUCAAAUGUUAUUUUGGUUUGAUGCUAUGGCAUAUGUGGUUUAUUUGUAGUUGUACUACAAUUUGGUAUAUUGUUACCCACUGUGACAAUAAAGGCUGUUCAUGUCUGUCACAGACUGUUGUAUACACAAGCACAGAUAAUUUUAAUCAGAGUUCCUAUGUGUGCAGAUAGUGGAAAAGAAUGAAUGAGAUUUGGUGUCAUGCUCAAUAAAUAAAAGA